AGCGCCAAGCCUUGUGUGAUCUGCAGCAGCGCAGGUUCUUGUCGGCUGCAAGUGGCGGCGAUUCCUUGGUAGAAUCCAGGAUAAGAAAUGCCGCGGAGCAGCAAGGCCAGCAGGCUCAGAACGAGACAAGCCCACCUUUGCACCCGUUCCCAGCCAACGUGACCGCCUCUCUAACUCGCGUCGUUUCGCUCCCCACGGAGAUUGCUCCUGCACGCGAACUCGUCGCACCGAUUUCCCGACGGCUGGUUGUGGAGAGCCGGGAAAAUUUGAUUGCGGUACAACAGCAGGCAGUUGGGCAAUCAAGUGGGAACAAUCUUUUUCGAACACGAAGCGGAAGGACGCCUGCCACUAGCUCACGCGCGAACAAAUCGCCAUCUGCGUUUGGUUCCUAUGCCCGGACGAGACGCGGCACUAGAAAUCACCAGGAUCACCAGAAGAUC